CCCGCGGCAGUGGCUCCGUAGCCGACCCCGCGAUGGGACGCCGAUCACAACCAACAAAACCGCUACACGCGUUCUACGAUAAAUGAACUUAAACCCGUACCUACGUAACCUUACGAACAUUCCUAAGUAAUUUAUGUAAUCUGACAAAAUGACAUUUUUUAUACAUUUUUACUGUGUCGUAUGGAUAGCGUUAUUGACCGCUUGCUGCGGAACGACAGGUCGUGAGUUACCUAGUGGGCAGAAUGUUGUCUCAGUAGCACCUAUAGAAGUUCCAGACGAAUCAAUGUACCCAAGAUUCGCGGAGCCCAUACCGAAUGUCACGGUCACUAUUGGCCGCGACGCUCUGUUGGCGUGCGUCGUUGAGAACCUGAGAGGUUUUAAGGUGGCAUGGGUGCGAAUGGACACCCAAACUAUUCUAAGUAUUCAUCACAAUAUAAUAACGCAGAAUUCUCGCAUCAGCCUGUCUUAUAACGACCACCGUUCGUGGUACCUGCACAUUAAAAACGUUCAGGAGGUCGAUCGCGGUUGGUACAUGUGCCAGGUUAACACGGACCCGAUGCAUUUUAGAAAAGGCUACUUGCAAGUCGUAGUUCCACCAUCAAUCAUCGAUAAUAUGACGUCAACGGAUAUGGUGGUCCGGGAGAGUUCAGACGUGACCUUAGUUUGUCGUGCAUCCGGGUAUCCGGAGCCUUACGUCAUGUGGAGGAGGGAAGAUGGACAAGAUUUCACUUACAACGGAGAAUCAGUAAGUGUUGUUGACGGAGAAACGUUGACAAUAACGAAGGUGUCUCGAUUACAUAUGGGCGCCUACCUGUGCAUCGCCUCUAAUGGCGUGCCACCUUCAAUUAGCAAGAGAAUUAUGCUCAUGGUACAAUUUCCGCCGAUGCUUUCGAUUCCCAAUCAACUGGAAGGAGCGUACAUAGGCCAGGAUGUAACGUUAGAAUGCCACACAGAAGCGUAUCCAUCUUCAAUUAACUAUUGGACAACAGAUCGAGGGGAUAUGAUCAUUUCUGAAAUGGAAAUUGUAGGUGGAAAAUACGAAGCGUUCCCGAUGGACAACGGUUACAGCAAAUUUAUGAUGCUUAAAAUACGAAACAUAACUAAGGAAGAUUUUGGAUUCUACAAAUGUAUUGCAAAGAAUUCACUAGGAGAGACCGAUGGCAUCAUUAAGCUGGAUGAAAUUCCAGCGCCGCCGUCAGCGUUUACAACACAAAGAACUGUGUUAGAUAAUCAAACAAUAAGGAAAAAAGGCGAUGCACAAAUCAUUCAAAACAGUGACGCAAUCACUUCAAAUUUUCAAGGGGAGGCUUAUGGAGAGCAAAUUAGGGACUUUGAUUUUGAUGACGACGACAGCGCAAGCAACGAUCUCCAUUCAAACAGCCUAUUAUUUACCCUAAUAGUUGGACUUGUAUUACUCAAAGUUUUUAGGCAAAGUAUACUUUCUUGAUAAAAACAAUUUUAUAAACUUCUGUGAGUAGUAAGAAUAUUUAAUUUUGUGAUGGUAAUUUAAAGUGUGAAGCUGUAAAAUAUUUUACAUUUCCAAGCCAUUGUUUUUUUUUUUAUAUUGUUGGAAUUAGUAUACGUUGAUAACAAAGUUAUUCUGCUGCUAUUCACGUAUAUUAUUUCACAAUUCACAUUUAAAUUACUUUUAGCACAACGUGAUAAUCUUCAAUUAUUUGCGUAAAUUGACAAUACUAUUUUCAAUAUAUCAAAUCUCAUUCUAGCAUUACCCAUAGGGUGUAAGACGAUUUUUGGAACGGAGUUUUUUAUUGCAAAGAUGGGGUAACGUACUCACAUUUCACUUGGCGUAAAGUGGUUACCGAGCACCAUAGUCGUACCGUAACCGGGUGUAGCUCACUGUAUGGAAUUAAUGGCUUUUUUGACGUGACAACGUCUUAAAAUUCGAUGGAGCCGGCUGCACGCACGAAAAAACAUGACUCAUUGAGGCGUUCCAUUUGAGGCUUGAAGUGCAAGCGAGAGCGCGCAACGAGCGACAAAGAGGCACAAUCGGCCUCCGCGUUUGGCAGCGUUCGACAUCUGUCUCUCUCCUACUUGAGUGAGAGAUGCAUCCGCGUGGACAGCUGCUAUACAAUAAUAACAUUUACAUAUUUUCGUCAAGUAUGAAGUUCAGUGAAAAGUGAAUGUGGUGUCAAUUGUUUAUAGCAACGAUAAUUGCGAUAAUUGAAAAAAGAAACCAUUCCAUCACUAUUUUCUUAUGACGUUGUCACGUACAACUAUCGUCAGUAAGCCGAUUUUACAGACAACCGAUUUUUUUAUCGGGAGGGGGAAGCUGAGCCUCUAAUAUGAGGAUUUCGCGCUUAGGAGGUGAGCGAGGUAUUGGCAGUCCGCAGAUUUUGAUGGCGGGCCACCGGCCCGAGGAUGUCGGUACCAAAAGACCAGAAUAAACGACUCCACUUGCACUCUCUCAACUGACGUCCGAUCUCCGCUCGCGAUCAAAACACGAAUAGAGUAGGGGGGUUCCCGCGUUCGUUCUGUCAACACUAUAACCAAACUCGCGGCGCUAACCCGAAGACGUCCGACUGGCAACGACCGGUGGUAUUACCGGCUACUUUAACGUGAAGGAAAAACAUAAUUAACUUAGUAAGGUAAAACUAUUUAUUGGUUUCGUAAUUUCACAUUAAAUUUCUUUACACAAAUAGGUGGGACGACCCACCCGGUGUUCGUUUGGUCGGAUUCCAUAGAGACCAUGAACACCAUGGCCUAUCAUGAAACACGUGGUCAGUGUCUGGCAAGUGUUUCGUGAAUCACAUAAAACGCGAGGACUGUCAACCGCCAUUCCCGUUCCCUCGAGACCGUAGGCUCCGCGCGUUGAAAGAAAUUGUAUUACACUGCGCGCUGUGUCAAAAACGUUGGUAAAUAAAUUAAAACGAACGUUUUUUAAUGAAAUCGUGUCAGGAAUUGAUUCGAAUACGCAGCGUUUCCAAUAAACUGAUAAUAAAUUGGGAACAGAGUUAAGGCUUAAAUGUGCGACCAGCGUCCUAUAUGAUCAUCCAAAUGUCAGACAAUUUUUUAUUGACUAAUAAAACAUCUUGCACGACAUUUUCACAUGAAAUGUUAUGAAAAAAAAAACGUUUUUAUACAAAUAUUUAAUUUAAUGUUAACAGUUUUCUUUACAUGCACUUUGAAAUUACAAUACUGCAAUUAUGAAACAGAUAAUUGCGCUGUGAGUCAGAGUAAAAUAAACUGAAUUCAUGAUCAUGUUUAAAAAUUAAAAAUAAAGUAAAAGAAUGGUGUUAUUUUUUCGCGAAUAUUAUUAUACAUUAUUAUAAAUUUACGGAUAAAUAUUGCGUUUAUAUAUUUUGUUUGUUUUAUAAUAACCGCUGCUGCCAAAUGCCGGGCCAUCCUAUCGGCAUAGUGUCCAGGAGAAAUUAAAGUGUUAUAUAUAUACAUUUUUGUUAUGUUUAUGGGUAACAAUUAUUAUCAAAUUGCACUAUAUUUACAUCAACGUCCGGCCGCUACACGUACCUAAUUACAUACAUUUUUACAUGUCAAGUGUCUUAGUGAGUUUAAAAAUGUUAUAGCACCAACUAUUUUAUUUACUGUGCUAAAUUGUAUUACUUAUCAUUCAAUUUGCUUAAUUCUAUUUCAAAUUCUUAGUUUCCAUUUAAUUUUAUGACUACAAUACGUAUGUUAAUAUCGUAAUCAGACAGAAUAACAUUUAAGGCUGACACACAAGAAUAUAAGGAAAGAACGUUACGCGUGUUGUAUUCUAAUGUCUUCCUAAUUAUCGCCGGAUCGAUACGAGUUUUACCAGGUACACAGUUCAAAUUGCGGUCGGGAACGGUAUUCUUGUCUGUUCGUAUUUAAUAAACUCUCCCUGAGAAAAUAAAUAACCACUUAGUUUCAUUGGAAUCCUAAAAUUAAAAAGACAUUUUAAUAUCAAAGCGCGUAUGAGAUUGUUAUAGUUUCAGGUAUAAUAUCUCUGAACUAUCUAUGUAUAAGAAUAACAUGAUUAUGAUUUUCAUAUUUAUACUAAUAGAAAUUAAAAUGAUGAGUCCGCCAUGAUAAAUAUGUACAUCGCUAGUAAGAAUGAAAUACUAACAUUUUGUAGUACCUAAUAAACUAGUAUUUAUAAAACAAAAAAAGUAAAUAUGCUCACAAAUACAAUAUGUAAAAAUCGAUGCAGUAGCAUGGGCGUUAUGAUCAUAAACUCAUGAUAAAUGUUUUGUACCAUUGAUUCUUUAUGUUAAACAAAUAGCUUAUUUGCUAAAAUGAGAAUAGGGUGUCACUUUGUAUUAGAGGUUUAGAUGGUUUUUGUAAUAUUUCUAAAUAGUAUUGCUACGAAAUGAACUGCCAAAUGAAUGUGAAAAUUACAGAAAUAAAGCUUAAAAAAUG